AGAGUGAUUGCGCUCUGCCCCCGCCUAAUAUAUAAACAUGCCCCGUCCCCUCCACGCGCCCGACGAGAUAGUUCUACUCGUCGUUUGCUCUUCAGUCUCUUAAACGUCUUCCGAAGCUUUCAAUCGUCUCUAAACGUCUUUGUCGCGUCUCAUUUAUCAUCUCAACUACUCGUCUUUAUUCAAAGCAUCUCAACCCACACAACCCAACACAAUGCCUCCCAAAGCCGCUGCCGCCGCUCCCAAGAAGUCUGGCCAUGCCAGCUAUCAGGACAUGAUCACUGAUGCCAUUGUCAACGUAUGUGAAUUCUGAAAGUUCCCCGUCCAUGUCGCGUCCACCGUCGCGCACUCAGUCUUCGGUCGCGGAUGAGGCUAUCGCCACGCGCCCGGCCGACCACUUUGCCUUGCUCAUUUUCUUUCAUUCAUUUUCACUCACUAACGUGCUUUCUUUGCAUUCAACAGCUCAAGGACCGAAAGGGCUCUAGCCGUCAAUCCUUGAAGAAGUAUGUCAAGGCCAACAACACUCUCAAUGUCACCGACAACAUGUUCGACUCUCUUUUCAAUAAGGCCUUGAAGGCUGGUGUCGAUAAGGGUGUCUUCGAACAGCCCAAGGGUCCUUCCGGUGGUACCAAGCUCGCCAAGAAGCAGCCUGAGACUAAGAAGCCCGCUGCUCCUAAGAAGCCUGCCGCCGAGAAGAAGGAAGCCGCCGAGAAGCCUGCUGCCAAGAAGCCUGCUGCUAAGAAGACCGCCGCCCCCAAGAAGGCUGCUACCGAGAAGAAGGCUGCUGCUCCCAAGAAGGCCGCCGCUGAGAAGAAGACCACCGAGAAGAAGGCUGAAAAGGCCGAGAAGGCUGAGAAGCCCGCUCCCGCCAAGAAGGCCGCCGCUCCCAAGAAGGCUGCUGCUACCAAGAAGGCCGACAAGGCUGAGAAGCCCGAGACCGCUCUUACAAAGACAAAGACAGGUCGCGUCACAAAGACCACCAAAGCAGCGCCUGCAAAGAAGGCUGCUGCACCUAAGAAGGCAGCACCCAAGAAGGCCGCUGCCAAGGCGUAAAUGACGCUGAGCAGUAUUGAACUUUAAUUAAUGACGACCACGGCGUUAAAGGAUCUGUUCACGGCAAGGGCACGGAAAGUACGGCUACUGGUAUUUUGAUGGUUUGGUUCGGAGCGCGGGAUUAUCGGCUGUUUGUUUACACGCGCACGCGAAGACUCGCGUCUGUAUGAUUCUACCCUCAGCCAUCUCAUUAUUUUGGAGGUGGUACACUAGAAGUGAGGGCCAUUUCUAUGCGAUUAUGUCCCUUGUAUUCUUAUCUUAUUCGACAUGACAAAGUUUUCUUACGGCGUGUCAGGGUUUGAAACAAUGCUGGAGAGGAUAGUCGGCGUGUUUUUGGAGAGGGCAAAAGUCUCGGUUGUGGGCGAGGAAGGGUUGCGAUUAUACCACUGUCGCUGUUUUGAGUUAUUCGAUUUGAACUACGCAAUGAACAUAUUUGAAAUCA